AUGGGGAGCUACUUCAGUUCAACUAUAAGGCCAAGUAUAAAUUUUCGAAAUAUGUCGUUGUACAACACCAGGAUACUAAAGGUAGACCCAUCGUCUAUACAUUUCCCUCCAAGAUCGCACAUUGAUGGGUCACUUCCAGUAAUUUCCGAUCCAGAAACUGAAAGAAACUUGCUCGAGGCUGCAAGAAUUAUUAGCGUUGGCGGCGAUGUUGUGGCAUUUCCAACAGAAACAGUUUAUGGUUUAGGAGGUUCAUCGUUGAACAAUGAUUCAGUACUCAAGAUUUACAAAGCUAAAAAUAGGCCUAGUGACAAUCCAUUAAUUAGCCAUGUUUCUUCAAUUCGCCAACUUAAUAGAAAGAUUUACAACGACGAAUGUGAAGAAAAUGUUCUGCGGCACAUUCCAGCGAUCUAUCACAUUUUGAUUGACAAGUCAUGGCCUGGACCUUUAACUAUUCUGCUCCCAGUAUCAGAUUCUUCGCCUCUGUCCAAAUUUAUAACAGCAGGGCAGCCGACUUUUGCGGUACGCAUCCCCGCUAACCCUGUGGCUAGAGCAUUGAUAGCCUUAAGCGAUACUCCUAUAGCCGCCCCAUCAGCUAAUGCUUCUACAAGGCCUUCGCCCACGUUGGCCGAGCAUGUGUAUCACGACCUAGAAGGAAAGAUCCCUUUAAUUUUAGAUGGAGGAGCAUGCAGCGUGGGUGUGGAAUCAACGGUCAUAGAUGGUCUAGUCAAUCCUCCGAUGCUGCUGAGACCUGGUGGUUUCACAUAUGAACAAGUUUUAAGUGUUGGAGGUCCUGAAUGGUCCCAGUGUAAAGUGGAAAGUAGGAAAGUAGUAGCUGCAGGAGAAACAGUAAGGACACCAGGGAUGAAAUAUAAACACUACUCUCCCAAAGCUCUUACUGUGUUAUUUGUACCGGAACAUUCCGAUGUUAGCAUGGAACAAAGGCUGCUUAAAGUUAAAAAUAAUAUGAAAAACCACGUGGAACACUAUGCCAAUGGUAAAGUCAAAAAGGUUGGUCUCUUGACUAGUAAUCGGUUCCCUAUAAACUUGAUUGAGUUUAUGCAAGAUGAUAUUAAAGUAAUUGCUGCAUCCCUGGGCACUUGCAAAAAAGACAUACAGUGCAAUUUAUUUGCUUUGUUGCGAAAGUUGGAUGAACAAGAUGAAGUUGACAUAAUCUUCGUCGAAGGUAUUGAAGAAUGGGAAGAAGGUCUCGCCAUCAUGAAUAGGUUGCACAAGGCUGCUGGCGAUCAUAUUAUUCCUUUCUAA